AGCGGGGGUGUUGACGCAGCCCGCGGCCCUCGCUGCCAGACAGGUGUAGCCUGAACGCGCAGAGGAGGCUUUCUGACAGCCAGUGCCAGCGAUGGGUGGGGGUGACGCUGGGGCCCAGCACUGGCGGAGCGUCGGCGUUGCCUUCCCUCCCCCACCAGCUGGGGGUCCCGGGGGCAGGUGCUGGGAAUCUGUGCGGCCCCCGGGAGGAUUCCAGUACGUCCCCUCCCCACUGUUGGGGACCCACCAUGUCCCUGAGCCACUUGGUGGGACACACCCCUGUGAAAUGUGGAAGCUGCCUACAAUGCAGAGACACCACUAAGGAGGCUCAGGAGACCCCUGCCGGUAACCUGCUGUGUGACUUGGGCCAGUCGCUGUCCUUCUCUGGGCCCCCCUUUGCCCAGCUGUUCAGCAGGGCUGGUUGGACCACGCCCAGCUUCGUAAAUCCUGGUUGCAAGCUGCUGGCGUUCCGGACUGGGGCCGAAGGGCUUGAGUCGGAAAGAAUGGGCUCUGGCCCUGCCAGUCCGUCCUCCUGAGGCAGCACCGGGCAGUGCGGCCCUUACAUCCCAUGCUCAGAGCUCCCUGUCUGGGGAGGCGGGAGGCGGAGGCUGCAGUAGAGCCAGACCUGGCUGUCUGAAGAAUCACCGGCAGGGACGGCAGGGAGAGACACGGGUGCUGCCCCUUCCCAGCCCUGCCCUUCCCGCUGUCCCCGGGAAGGGGCUGCCCGUGGAGCGCUAGGCAUCGGAGAGUCCCAGCUCGGGUUUGAGCACCAGCCGCACUGCUUGGUAGCUUUGUAACUGGCCUCGGGUUACUCGUCUGCAGAAUUAGGAGGAUCGGAAUAGCUGUCCCUCGGGGAACGGCGAGGGUGAAAGGAGACGCUGUACUUAAAGCACCUGGUGCCGUGCAUUGAGCGAGUGGCGCCGGCAUUGAGAUCGCUGACAUCUGUAGAACACGAGGGUGUCCUGUGCCAGCAGGGCACAGGAGCAGAGCGAGUUUUCCUCGUCCUCCGAGGUGUCCCCAUCCAUCAGAGGGAGCUGUGCCCCCAGCUGAGGCUGGGGCUGUGCAGGUGCCCUGCGCUCAUGUCUCCUCAGCAGGUGUGUGGCCUCGGAAAGGCACCCCUGGGUGGGCGUCCCUGGGGCUGGCCUCGGGUCGUCCUGCCAUAGGGCACUUAGGGCCUCGGCAAAAGUCGCUGUGGCAGCCUGUAGACAUGGGCACUCCUGGGGUGUCUGAGCCUCAGAGAGCCACGUGUGGGAUCAUGUCGCUCAUGGGCCUCAAGGCCCAGAGAGGGUCAGGGCAUGGCACUGACCUCCCAGUGUGGGGCCGGUCCCCACUCCCCAGCUUCCAGGCUGCGACCCCAUUCUCCGAGCCCUGCCUCAGAGCCCCAGCUAGGUCCAGGCUCAGUCUGGGGCUGGAGGGCACCUGGGAGUCCUGCAGGGCGGGCCCCCCACUUCCUGCCCUGCCCUGUAAUUGCCUGUUUAUCUGUCGUCUCCCCCCUCUCGAGGUGAGCUCCCUGUGGGCAGAGCCGGCCAACUUAUAUCUUCCUGCCGAGCCCAGCAGGGACCUGGCACGGAGAAGGCUCUGGAGAGGUUUGGGUAUACAGUGAGCCCCUCCCCAGAUUGUGGGGCCCAGCCACUGACCAGCAGCUCCACAGUGGGCCUUGGCGCCCCGGGACUCCCGGGGCCUUGGGUGGGACUGGGCCUGACCACACUGGGUCCUCUCCUGGGAAUGGGCCGGCGAUCACUUGGAGGUGGGCUGUGUGUCCCGCUUGGGCCUGGCCCCAGGCAGGUCUAUGCCGUUCCCCAGCCAGCCAGUGGGAGGGGGCCCAGGACUCGCAGGCAGGAGGCUUGUCACUGACACAGUGCCACUGUGGGCAGGCCUGAGUGUAUCUCUGGGCCAAAGGUUCCUGCUGCAGGGCGUGGGGGCGCCUGGCCUGGCUGGUCUCCAGCAGCUUGGGUCCCGGCAGGCUGCGUGUUCUCGGCUAAUUGCACUCUGCCUCCUAUGCCGCUGUGGCCAUAGCCCCCGGGGGGCUCAUUACCGCACCUUACCUCCUCUUCUGUCCCUGCUGGCGGCCCUGUUUGUUGUCACCCCUCGCCUUGUGGGCCUGUUGCCCUGCAGGGCCUCCCUGCCCCGCCCUGUUUUCUCCAUGGAAGGGCAACUGGGGGGCUGCUUAGCACCCCUGUCCCACCCUCCCCACCCACAUGUUGGGGACACUGAGCCUCAGACUCAGGGCCACCACACCUCAGCACAUAUGCCCCUCUGGGAAGCCACCUUUAACCCCACCCUUGAGGCUGCCUGGGGCUGGUGCAUACAGGAUUGAGGCCACCCAGAUCUGCAGGUCGGUGCCCCUCUGCCCGGGUGAGACCAAGCCCUCCCCAGGGGCUCUGUGUCCUUGGUCCUCAUCCUUAAGGGUCCAGUAACAGGAGGUCCUCUUGCCCAGUGCCGCUUGCAGACGUGACUCCUCAUGCAGGUGCCUGGCUCCUGCUAGCCACUUGGCCCCCCAGCCCACUGCAGUGCUGUCCCCUGCCAUCCGGCAGCCCCAGCCGGUCACCCAGGCCCAGAGGGCCUGGCACCUCCACUUCCCCAGCCUUUUCUACCCCAAGUACUGCUGUCUCCCAGGGGUUUACUGGUCCAUGUGUCUGUGUGUCUGCCCUCUUGCCCCGGCCCCCUGUUACCGUGGUCUUAGUUCUUGGUCUCAUUUCCAUCAGCCUUCAUCUUCAGCCACCUGGGUCACUUGCUGCCACAGCCCCAGCCUGGACCUAGACCUGCCCUCCCUGUCUUCAGGCAACAGCUCCACCUGUCUGACCUCACCUCAGAGUCCUCUUGCUCACUCCCAGCCCUGACACACCUAUCUCUAAACCUCAUUUUGGCCCCAGCCAGUGCCCAUGUACUGUCUCCCCACCUGUCCACCUUCCUCUGUUGUCCUUGGCCCCAUGGUCCCUCACAUCACCUGUCUCCUUGCCAGUUGCCCAUUCAUUCAUCCGGCAAGCAUCUCUGAGGCCCCCUGCGUGGCAAGGCCUGUGCUGGGUGCUGGCUUAGAGUAAUGGACAAGACACAGAGCCUGCUGUCUCAGGCAAAAAUUAAGCACACGUACAAAUAGAAAGCAAAAUGCAGCGGUAGGAAGAGUAGAAACAGCUCCUCCUUAUGGAGGAGAGGGAAGCCUCCACCGUAGCUCCUCAGCAGAGUUGGUCCCCCUCCUCUGCCCCUGCAGCUGCAAAGUAAAAGGCUCUGUGAGGGUCAGGCAGUUUAACAUGCAGUGUGUGGUUCUUUCUAACACUCUUGGGGAAUUGCUGCCAGUGGCCACCAGAACUGACCCCAGGGCCUGAAGUGUUGUUUGAACAGGGCCAGGUGCUCUGUCUCCCUAGGCGCCCCUGCUGUCCAUGUAGCCCAAGAUCCCACCGAUUUACUUAUCCUCCAUCUAGCAAUUGACUGUGCUUGUGGUCCACUUGACCCUUCAGAUUGUUUUCAGUUGUUACACCUUGGCCUGUGGCUCUGUCCUCUUUUCUGAGUGUGGCAUGUUGUGGCAGAGGCCCCUGUCCCCCAGCCCCCCCCCCAAUUACACUCACACACUCCAGUUCUGCCAUUUGCCCAUUUAUGAUAGCCGAGCUCCUGGUUCCACCUCAGGUGCUGGGGACGGAGAUUUUGCCAGAUUAUUCCUUGGCCCCAGGUCUCCUGGGGGACACUGAAGAUCAGUGCAGGGGGGAUGAGUGGUGGGAUUUUAACAGAAGCGAGACCUGGUUACAUGGCUGCCGUGGCUAGGGCUGCGGCAGGGCCAGCAGGCCACACUCAUCUGGGUCAGUGACUCUCAGCACAGCCCCAGGCCACAGCAUGAGUGUCACCUGGGAGGCUGUUAGAAAUGCAGAUGCUGGGCUCUCAGAGACCUGCCAAAUCGAGAGCUCUGGGACAGCCCAGCAAUCUGUGCUUUAAGUCCUGCAGCUGAUUCUGAUGCUCACUCAGUCUGAGAAGCCGGGGUCUAGGUGAGAGAUGAUGGCGGCUGGGCUGAGGUCCUGGCAGUGGGAACGCAGGAGAAGGUUCCAGGCUAUUUGGGGAGCAGAAUCAACAGGCCUUGGCGAUUGGGUGUGGAGGAGGCAGGGGAGGCUCCAUGGUUGGCUCGGGUGACUUCGGAUCUCAAAUCGGGAGAGCCUUCUCCGGCCCGUGCUCUCCCGCGCCCUCCUGGCGGCCUUUGGCCUGUGUCCCUGCAGUGAGCACGUGCUCCCCUCCGCCCUCCCCGACACUGCCCGUGUGAAGUGCUCCCUUCUUCGCAGCAAGCCAGCUCCCAGCCGUCCCUGGUAGUCAGGGUGGUUGCCACAGCAAUUGACAUCAGCAAUCUGGUCCCCGCGGAGCCUGCCGGCAGAGCCUGCAUUCUCGCUCCUGCAGGAGUGCAGAGGAGGCGGGUGGGGACUCCCACGCCCCCACACACCCCGUUUUGAGAACAGGGCUGCAGAGGGGAGGAGGCCAGGGGAGGGCGGAAGGUAGGCGGGGCCCCCUUUGGUGGCCUCUUCUCUUGGCGGGGAGGCCCCAGCCCAUUUGGCUCCUUGACGUUGGCGGGAGCAGCAGCAGCAGCAGCAGCAGCAGCACUUGGGCCAUGGCGGAGGACAGGCCGCAGCAGCCACAGCUGGACAUGCCGCUGGUCCUGGACGAGGACCUGACCAAGCAGAUGCGGCUGCGCGUGGAGAGCCUGAAGCAGCGCGGGGAGAAGCGCCAGGACGGCGAGAAGCUGCUGCGGCCGGCCGAGUCCGUGUACCGCCUGGACUUCGUCCAGCAGCAGAAGCUGCAGUUCGAGCGCUGGAACGUCGUGCUGGACAAGCCAGGCAAGGUCACCAUCACCGGCACCUCGCAGAACUGGACGCCCGACCUCACCAACCUCAUGACGCGCCAGCUGCUGGACCCCGCGGCCAUCUUCUGGCGCAAGGAGGACUCGGAUGUCAUGGACUGUAACGAGGCUGACGCCCUGGAGUUCGGGGAGCGCCUGUCGGAUCUGGCCAAGGUCCGCAAGGUCAUGUACUUCCUCAUCACCUUUGGCGAGGGCGUGGAGCCCGCCAACCUCAAGGUCUCCGUGGUUUUCAACCAGCUCUGACGGCAGCUGCUCGCUGCCGCCCCUUCUCUCACCCCCCUGCCCUCUCCCCUGCCUGCACCUCCUGUCCCCAGGUGUGUUUUGCGGGACCUUCUUCUAGCUGCUCAGCCUGCACCCAGCUUGGCACGAGGCCCCGAGUCCCACGCCCUUCCUUCUCUCCUUUUCCCUGGUGCCCGCGCUCCGGCUCGCAGGAGGAAGAGUGCCAGGCGCCAUAGUCUAGAAGCUGGACUGGCCGCCGCUGCCGCUGUAGACUUUAAAGGCCUGGUCGGGGCUGGUGUGGCAGAUGGGGAGGCCGUCGGCAGCUGCCUUUUCUGCGUCAUUGUGAGGGAGAGAGACUGAGAGAGACCAAAGAGACAGACACAGAGAAAGAGAGGUCUGAAGAACCAGCCAUCCAUCUUUCUCCAGAGAUGGGGAGACAGAGACGACAGGGGCAGCCUCGCUGGGGCCUGCAGACAGCCCCACUUGCUGCCCGCCCUGCCACAGCGCCCUUUGCCGAGGCCCAUGUCUGGAGGUCAACACCAGCCUGGGGCCCCGGGAAGGCGCUGCUCCUGGCACCGGCCCAGUGUGGUCCCGCAACGCCUCGGCCGCCCUCAGGACGCGGGGCAGGGUUGCUAGGGGGUGGAUUGGGGCAGUGGGGAGUGGCUGGCUCCCGGGGGGCUGUGCAGGCCCAGCUCUGGCUCUCCGGGGCAUGACUUCGGGGGCGGAGUGGAGUGGCAACAUGAAGGGUCACACAGAUCUGCCUGAGCACAUACAUAUACAUUGAAGGAGAGCAUGCUGUAUUCACCUGGAUGUAGCCUAAAAGUCUAUACCUGCCCUGCGAACAAGUCUGCUUUUAGAUUAUCUGGUGUCUAAUUGCUGCUGGUUCAGGGGUGGCCCUUAGCAGGGGCUAGGUCCUGAUGACCUUGGUGGGAAGGCCUUCUGAGCAGGAGACUCCGAGUUCGUGUCAUGAAGCAGGGAGCAGUUUAGUAAAGGGGUUUCCCUCUGUCUGGGGAAAGCUGGGUAGAGGGGUCCAGGGCCCAGGAGUUGGACACAGUGGAUUCCCUGGGGCCUCGGUGUCCCCGCCGGGAAGCCAGGCUGCUUUGAGCUCUCAGGUCAAGGCAGGCGAGUGUCUCGUCCUGAAACAUCUGGUGGCAUCUUGGGCUUCUUUGGUGGAGCUGGGGGGCUGCAGCAGGGUGGCCUGGAGGGUGGUCAUGGUGGCUGACGGUCGGACAUGGCUGGAGGUGGCAGUCAGGUGAUGGCAGAACACAGGCCUGCGAGGUCAUCGGGUGCCACCCACUCUCCAGCCAGACAGGGCGAGUGUGGCUCAUUCACCAGCAGGCCCAGUUCUGGCCCCGAGCCACGUCCCCUCCACGCUGCGAGGGCCCAGGGCCCCCUUAGCGGGCAGCCUGGCCUGCCACCUGGCACCAGCCGAGGGCACUUCAGCAGGUGCCCCCAACGCCCUGUCUCGGGGCCAGCCCCGUUUUGUCCCUGGACAGCCAGUGACGUGACACUUGCUGUCACGGAGCAGAGCCAGCAGGGGAACCCAAGCCCUGGGCACAGUGGCACCAAGGGCUGGAGCUGGGGCUGCUGGGAGGGCAGGACCCUACCUCGGGGGUGCGCAAGGAGGUUCUGUCGGCGGGAGGUUGCUGUGGGGCAGCUCUGGUCCUCUCUCAGCUCACAGCUCUGGGGCCUGUUCCGGGACGUGCCUGGAGUCCCGCGGCUGCCCUCGUUCUCUGUCGAUGACUGCAGGAGCCAGCCCGUGGGCGCUGGCCUGCCUUCUGCCACUUUGCUCGACCUCUCCCCACAGCUCUGGGGACCCUCUUAGUCCAGAUUGCCUGCCCCCCAUGCUGCCGCACCCCAUCUGCCCUGGGGGGCUGAGUGCCUGUGCUGUGCCUGCUGCAGGUCCCCAAUAAAGCUGUGUGCCCUCGCCUUGGUGGUGUGCAGUCUCUCUCCGUGAGCACCCCAAUCCGCCACCCCACCCUGCCUGGUGCCUGCCCUCCUGGCCCUGAGCCCCCUCCCUGGGCUUUUUCCCACACUCCCCACCCCUCCUCCCACCAGCUUUCAGGGACGAGGCCCAGAAUAGUCAGGUGGCUGGUCCAGACCAGGAUUGGGUUUUGCCGCGUCUCCUGAUGCCCAGCCAGAAGCCACCACCCCUGUUCCUCCACAGCCCCAGACCUACCCUGUAGGAGGAGUGGAGCAAGCCAUGCUGAGGCCACCGGCAGGUGCUGUUUGGGCUUUGUCGCCCGGGGUGGUGGAGUGGGAAGACGCUGAGCUGUGCGUCUCGAGUCUCCCUCC